CCAAACCAGAGAAGCUGUAGCGCUUAUUUACAUUCCGUCGCCUCCGUUGUGUUUUACUACGGGCGGGUUAUUACAUUCCCAAAAUUACAUUCCGUCCCUAAUCUGUGCGUGAAGUAGUGUACCGACGAUGGAUUAUUCCAAACUAAUUGCUUUUAUUGUGCUUUUUGUUGGGCUGCUCAGCGAAUGCAGCGCUCACGAAUGCUACGUUUGCUCGAACCAGACCGGAAAUACGGACAAAUGUUUGAACACGGUUAAAAUAUGCGAGCAAGGAGAGGACGCCUGCCUGACGGAAAUUAGAUGGGGCAGCACGCCAUACUUUUCGCUCGGUGCCCAGAAGCAGUUCUACGUUUCGAAACGGUGCGCCAAGAAGGAGAUUUGUCAACGCAUUCGUACCAAACACAUGCCGUACUGCACACAUAUUUGGUACGAAGACUGGACCUGCUCUGCCUGCUGUUUGGGCGAUCGCUGCAACUAUUACGUGAUUAGCGCUGCACCCUCGAUAACAAUGUCAGCAUUUCUUGCAGUUAUCGCAACAGUUGGUUUGCUGACGCGCACCAUUCUAUGGAGCUGAAACGUAUGAGCGUCUUGGAGUAGUUGAUAUCAGUAAAGGAGUACUGCGUGAAGAAGUGCGUGAAGAAGUGUGCCUACCACAGCCGUAGCUAUGUAACGAGAGCCGAAUAAGUGAAUCUCUAGGAAUUACAGUUUCUGUGCCGUCCUAAUUUUGUCAUCUACGAAUCCGUCCAAUUUUAUCAUAGACAACAUCAUGUAACAUUGUUGAAAUAUACAUUACAUUGUAA